AUGACGAACGUGGUCCAAGUGACAAAUGUCUCUCCGAGCACCACCUCUGAACAGAUGAGAACUCUGUUUGGUUUUCUGGGAAAUAUUGAAGAACUAAAGUUAUUUCCACCAGAUGAAUCUCCCUUGCCUGUGACUUCACGUGUCUGUUUUGUAAAGUUCCAUGAGUCGGAGUCGGUUGGAGUGUCCCAGCAUCUGACUAACACCGUCUUCGUGGACAGAGCCCUGAUUGUGGUCCCAUUUGCAGAAGGAGUCAUACCUGAUGAGUCUAAAGCCCUUUCACUGCUGGCUCCAGCAAAUGCAGUGGCAGGAUGCAUGCCAGGGGGAGGCCUUCUACCCACUCCAAAUCCUAUGGCUUCGAUGGGAGGCGUUCCUCUUUCGGCUCUGGGGAAUCCGAACAUGGAUCCCAUGGCAGCCAUGGGCAUGUCUGGCAACAUGAACCCACAGGCCCUUUCUGCUGACUUCCUGAAGCUUAUGCAGUCCAUGGAUCCGACUAAGAUGAAUCCAAUGGCUGCUGGAAUGAUGGUUAAUCCUGGUAUGAAGAAUGACUCCAACAAGGAGAUUGAGGAGGCCAUGAAGAGGGUCAGAGAAGCUCAGUCACUCAUCUCUGCAGCUAUCGAGCCUGGAAAUAAGAAAGACGACAAGCGCAAACAUUCGCGCUCCAGGUCUCGGUCCAGGCGGAGGAGGUCCCGGUCUCGCUCGCGUCACAGGCGUUCGAAGAGCAGGUCCAGGCGGAGAUCGCACUCACGAAGCCGGAGACGGUCCAAGAGCCCCCGCAGGAGGAAGUCCCACUCGAGAGACCGGGGCCGACGCAGCAAAUCCAGGGAUAGGAGGAAAGAGGAGAAAUCCAAAAAGCGCUCCAAGACGCCACCUAAGAGCUACAGCAGUACCAGGAGGUCUCGCAGCAUCAGUCGGAGACGUAGAAGAAGCCGCAGCGCCUCUCGCUCGCCAAAGAAGUCCAGGUCCCCAAAGAGGAAAAUCUCCCGGUCUCCAUCCCCUAGAAGGCACAAGAAGGAGAAAAAGAAGGACAAAGAGCGAGAGAAGGACCGUGACCGUGAACGGGAUCGGGAGAGGAAAGACGACCGAGACCGCGGCAGAGAUGAAAGGGAGCGAUCGCCCAGCAAGAAGAAAAAGAGCAAAGAGAAGGACAGAGAGCGCAAAUCUGACAGCGAGAAGGGAGAUAUCAAGAGCUCUUUGCUCUUGCAGGUGACCAGGGAUUAUGAUGAAGAGGAGCAGGGCUAUGACAGUGGAAAAGAACGUGAGGUAGAGGAAGAGGAGAGGAAGAGCGACUCUGACUCCGUGUCUUCCUCGAAGCCCCAGGAGGAGUCUGACGAGAAGCCCGCAGGAGAGAGUGGCAAGAAGUCCAAACAGAACGGAGAUGACCACCAUGAAGACGACAUGGAGAUGAGCGACUAGAGAGCCCAGAGACCCAGCCUGAUGACAUCACUGAAAGCCCACAGGCUUCUUGUCCUACCGUUCUCUUUUUAAAGGCACUGUGCCUGAUUUCUUAAAUGAAUAUUUACGGGUGUCUGGUGGUUUCUAGUGUUAUUGGGGGUGAUGUACAGUUUUUGUUUUUUUUAUUUUAGAGACACCUUUCAUCUCUAGACUGGUUAGGGAAAAUCUUUUUUUGGAAUAGACAGUUAUUUCUGUAGUGGACAUUGUGCAUGUGUAGGAUUUUUGUCCUGAGGAAAUUUAUAAAUAAUUACAAAAAAAACUUUAUAAAGAUCAUAUUAGACACAGUUUUAAACAUUUCACCAUGCUGUACGGUUUUAAGUUAAAUGGCCUGUUGAAUGUGAGGGAUUUUGAAAGCAGUUUUGUGUCAAAGAUUUUACUCAUCUUGAACGUAAAACAGUUUUCUCGUAAGUGACCCACUGAAAAUGUAUAUUUAAACCUUCUACAGGGUAGUGUUUGGUCCUUUGCAUACAGACUGUUGAUCAUAUUUAGCUUAGUACCAUUCUGUUUUAGGUGCAGUGCAGCUUUAUUAUUUCUGUUGCAAUUCUGAUACAUUGACUAAAUCUGUGAAGCCCUCAAUACCUUUGUGACUGUAUUCAUGCCUUCUAACCCCUGUGAUAAAAUACUGUAAACUAUUGAUUGGAAUCUGUGUUCCAGGAUUGCAAUGGACACCCUGUACUGUCUGCAAAAUUGUUUUACAAAAAGUCUAUAAUAAAAUUUGGUCAAAAAGUUGA